AUGGAAACACAUCUUAGCCAGCUCCGCCAGCAUUCUGGGGAGAAAGCCGCGUCGGUUUCCACGUCUUCUCUACAUUCAUUUUCCAAUGAACUAUCCCCUCCAGCUAGACUGGCGCCACACCUCGGUCCGCUUACCCUUGACCACGACCUUCCCAUAACGCCAAAUGUUUCUCCUAUCGAAUCUGAGCCUGGAGCAUUUCAACAGCUGACAGCUGAUUGUGACACGUCAGUUUCCGGUGCCUUACCAAUGCAGUUGUCCAGGUCCUUUGUAGAGCAUCAGGCAUGGUUGGUUAUGGAGGACGAGGCUGUGAAAUAUUUCUCGAGCCAAACUCGGUGCAUAUUCGACCUCUUCCAGAAAUCUGCCGACAAAUUUAAACCAGUCUCAACAGGAUCCGUUGACGAUGUUGUUAGACUAGCGAUAUGGUGGUUUCUUGAUGCUCGCAUGAAGCUGGACCCUUUGCUCAGGGAAGGUUCCUCGUUUCCCUUCGCCCAGGAAGACAACAAGAUUCUCCUCCAACGUGCACACUUAAACCUAGCGAAAUCUUUCUGGAUCCUCCAAGAAACCAACAAUCUCAAUCAUGAAGCUUCUAGCAAGAACAUUUUUGAGUCAGCUGAAUUUCGCGAUGCUGAUCAUACGGUUGCAGUGCUGUCACUUCGUCUUGCCGUUCUCGUUCGGAUACGCCAGGCGAUCUGGUCCAUGCAGCGAAGUGAGCUUCUUCCCCUGUCCUUGGAUAUGGCUUCUAUAUCGGAGGAUGCGGAUACAUCAAUCUGGGUAUCCUAUCCUUCGUUGAACCUCAGCAUUGACUAUCUCAUAACAGGGCAUUACGCUGCUCCUCAGGACAAGCUCAAUGAAGAACUGCCUCUCUCCGCAUUUUUGCCACUAGGUGAUACACGGGACGCAUUCCACUACGGCGGAAUGCAUAUCGAUCUCUUUCUGCUCGCUGAGUCUUCUAAUGCACAGCAAAUCAAAUAUCCUGCUAUACUGUCAAUUAUACGAGCACGAGAUGAGCGAUGCUUUUCUGUUGCCAUUGGGACCCAACAUGGGCUCCUGAAUUUUUCAAUACAUUCAAGCCGGAAGAAUCAGCCAACAUGGGAUGAUGUCACAUGGGUGCCCGUUAUAAAUGCCUUGGAGCUCAAACUACGCACCGGUUUUAGGCUACAGCUACGUUGCAGCACUUGGGAUUUUAAAAUCCUCAAAGGGAUGUAUGACUACUAUUGUCAAACACUUUUGACCUUCCAGGCAUCUCAGGACGAGACUCUGCUAUUCGAAACAGGUAUUAAGUCAGCGAAGUACCAUACCAGUCAAGUGGCCGAGUUUGAGGAUUUCCCAGCAGGCGUGAUCGCAAACUGCACGUUUCGAUUAUUCGAGGGGACACUUAUACAGCAAGCGGGGACGGGACCACGGCGGCUGCAUCGCAGUUUUCGGAUCGCAAUCAUCACACCACCGUCAGCCAAAAACAUUACAGUCAGUUCUCAGACGAUCUCGCCCGGACGAGCAAUACAAUUCGGCUUCAUGCGAGGAGAUACCGGAAGCCCAACACUAACACUUAAUAUCGACACCCACGACGCAGAGAGAACAUGGAUCCUCGACUUUGACGAUUCCCAGCAAAGAAACACCUUAUUUGCACAUCUGACUGGCUGCUUUCUAUGCCAACAAGAAACGGUUCUUGCGCAGGUUCACAUAAGCCACUUUUCGGUCUGCACUGGGCUCGAGGCACAGACUCCAGCCCAGGCGUUUGAUGAUUGUCAAUGGCACAGUCUCCGGGUGAUCAACAAGCAACCAACCGAUCCAGACGGGCUGAAAAUCGAGAGUAGCCAGCCAGUCUUAUCAGACUAUCUUCGAAUCAUUGUCGACUCUCCUAAACUAAGGGUCACCGAUCGUGUAAAUGUCGGCAUUGGCGAACUAAAGAUUAGACGUAACGUUGUAGCUUCCGGCCACGAACUUUACGUUCUGCGUCAGCCGCAGCAGGACAUGACUUGCUCUUUAUCCAACUUGGCAAUAUCAAGCAAUGUUCCGAAAAACCUGGAAGAGAUUCUGGAGGGCAUCAAGACGCAAGAAUCGAUUCGUGCAUACACUUUCCCCAACCUACCUGAUCUCCACCUAUUCCAGUUAGCUAUCACCGGCUUCUCGGUCCUGUUCGAUGGAAGUCCGGCGUCAUUCUCUAUCUCGCGCCGUAGGAUGAUAGUGCCGGUUCAUAAGGAAUGGUCUGCGCCCCAUACUCGACUCCAGAUAUUACGUCGCGGAGGGAUGUUCCAGCUAGCAGCGUUCUUCGAAGGCUUCAGCCAUGGCAAGUGUAUGAACUUUGCCUUGAAGGAAACCGAUAUCUUCAAGAAAUCCACCAAAGGCGGGAAAAUAUACUUGAAGAUUAUCGAUGCCAAAUUUUCGCUACCACCUGGGGGGAAGAAAGAUUUUGGGCACGAGAAAGGGUUUGUUAGCUUAGAUUCGUUGGAUUAUCCUGGGGAGCAUUCUGAUAUUUGUAUUGGGUUUGCGAGUAGUUCUGACUUUACCAAGUUCUCUCAGGCGCUGCCAGCACUCGUAAAAGUUAAAUAG